AUAGGUUGUCGUGAAAUUGAGCUGAGUAGUGCAAGGAGUAUUUUUGUAUAAAUACUUGUUAACGUUCUAAAGCAGGGCACGGUUUUUGGAUCAGGGGCCAAGAAUUUUGCACACCUAGACUGGCGGGCCAUAGAAACAGAGAAAAAUAUCAAUAAAAGAUGCAAUACACGGUCGAUAUUUUAUUAGCAGUUAAAAGCUGUGCAAUAUUUGUUCUAGUCACCGUUUUUGUGUGGUGGCGCAGUAAUCGGAAGUCCGGUCCUCCACCUGGACCGACAGGAUUGCCACUGUUAGGAUAUAUUCCAUUUAUGGGCAAGAAACCUCAAGAUACUUUGGCGAAGCUUAGAAAACAAUACGGUUCAAUUUAUACUCUACCUCUUGGAAGCAGAACAUUUGUAGUUUUAAAUGAUUUCGAUACAAUUCAUGAGGCUUUGAUGAAAAAGGGAAACGCAAUCUCCGAUAAAGAUCCUUCGCCUAUAAUACGUUGGUUUGGUGGAGAUAUGGGCUACGUAUGGCGAAGUUAUUCCAACAGUUAUAGACGUUUACGAAAAUUCGGUAUAACAACACUAAAAGGAUUUGGUGUUGGGAAGCGAAGCAUGGAAGAUCGUGUGAAUGAAGAAGUUAGAUAUUUAUCAGAAAUUAUAAUGUCUAAACAUGGACGAUCCUUUGAUGUCACCAAUCAUCUUGGAAACGCUGCGAUCAAUAUAAUAAUGAGUAUAGUCAGUGGAAAUAGGGUAGAUUACGAAAGCGAGCCUUUCAAAACAAUGUUGGAUAUGAAUGCAAAAAGAUUUGGCGAAAACAGCGGUCGGAUGCAAAAGAUACAAUUUUUUCCUCUACUCCGUUAUCUACCAGGGUAUUCAAAAGUUUUUCAAGACACAAUUGAGCAAGUAAAAGUUACAAAAGGAAUCGUAAGAUCAACGAUUGAAAAUCAUAUAAAGACAUUCGACCCAAACGACAUUCGAGAUUUCAUCGAUGCUUUUUUGAAGGAAAUGAAAAAAGAAGAAACUCAACCUUUCACGAGAGAGAUAUUAGAUGCUGUCAUACGAGAUUUAUUCAACGCUGGAUCAGAAACCACAACUACAGCUUUACGUUGGUGCUUACUCUACCUCGCCAAACAUCAAGAAUAUCAGAAACGUCUACGAGAUGAAAUAAAGACUCAUUGCGGCACAGCUGGUCCGAUUUCAAUGGAAAAUCGAUCAAAUAUGCAUCUAACAAGUUCAUUUAUACAUGAAGUCCAACGAUACAAACCUCUAGCAAUUUUGUUACCUCGAAAAACCACUGAAAUCGUUUCUUUAGGCGGAUACACUUUUCCAACAAAUACUUUAAUGAUGAUAAACCUAUGGGAAGUUCAUCGAGAUCCGAAGACAUUCAACAAUCCAAAUGAACUUCAACCUGAACGAUUUCUCGACAACGAGGGAAAGUUUUCAAAACAUAGUCACGUGAUUCCUUUCUCAAUCGGUCCGAGAAAUUGUAUUGGGAUGCAUUUAGCGGAAAUGGAACUUUUUGUUAUUUUGUCGGGACUUCUUCGAAAUUUCAAAAUCUCCGAGGAUCCAAAAUAUCCAUUACCUUCGUUUACACAGGGUCACUAUGGAAUGUUGUAUCACCCUCUCCCUUACAAAUUAUCUUUUGAGGUCGAGUAGUAGGAUCGGUUUCAUCAUAUGUGUGUCCACAACAUUGAUUUUGAAGAAAUGCAAUUUAUUCAUUUGUCAUACAUUCAUUGUUUUUUAAUUGGCUGGUACAAAAAUUUAUCAGCACUGUCGAAAAUACUACCUGAAGUUUUUUUCUCUAAAUUAUUAACAUAAUAUAGACUGUAAUAUUUACCCAGUUGUCUGUACUAAUCAUUUAUUUAUAUGUUGCAUGUAAAAAAGUAGCGUAAAUUGAUAACACAACAAAUAUUUAGUUGGCGUUUUGGAUUUAUUUUGCUGAAUGUUUCUAUGUAAAUGCAAUAAAAUAAAUGACAAUAAUGAAUGCAA